GUCAGAAAAAAAAUGGGUUUAAAUUGACAAAGCUCUGACACAAAAACAGAACAUUGAGUCACACAUGAAUGAAUAUUUGUAUUAAAAUAUUAGAGAGAGAGAGAGAGAGAGAGAGAGAGAGAGAGAGAGAGAGAUUCAUCCAACGCUUCAAGUCAACUGAGUCCAACUCUCUCACCAUCUCUUACAAAAAAAACCAUCAAACACACCCAAAAAUACUCAAACCCAAAACCAAAAUGACCUUUAUACCCCUCACUCUUUCUCCUCUUCUUAGUUAACUCUCUGCAACGCCACCGUUACAAUGGACACUGCCACCACAAACUCCGGCGAACCUCACUGUAGUUCUGAGCUCAGGCUCGACGGGGCACCCAAUGAUCCAAAUCGAACUGGGUCGGGUCAAAAUUCUAUGGCAAGAUACAAGCUGAUGUCACCGGCGAAGCUUCCGAUCUCGAGGUCGCCGUGUAUUACAAUUCCUCCGGGGUAUAGUCCGACGUCGUUUUUGGAGUCCCCAGUUCUUCUUUCUAACAUGAAGGUGGAGCCUUCACCGACUACAGGGUCCCUUCUUCAAGCUUUACAUUGUUCUAUGACUUCUGCUGGUUCUCCUACAUUUCCUGUAACCUCUACAUGCUUCAAUACCAGCACUGUUAAUGGCAGAAAAUAUAGUUUCUUUGAGUUUAAACCACCUGCUAGAAAUAUGGUUCCUGCAGACUUCAACAACCAUGUAAGUGAACAAUCUACUCAAGUAGAAGGUCAAGGAAAAGGUCAAUCAUUUCUGUCCUCGCCAUUAAAUGAAAAUGAGAAAGCAGAUCAAUCUAAUGAAUUAAGCCUAUCAUCACCUGUUCAAAUGGUUAGUUCUGUGGCUAAUUCUCCCGUUGAUGUCAACUCGGAUGAACAUAAUCACAAAGGCAACACAGCUAAUGGGCCUCAAUCGUCAAAUGACGGUUACAAUUGGCGAAAGUAUGGGCAAAAACAUGUUAAAGGGAGUGAAUUUCCACGUAGCUAUUACAAAUGUACGCAUCCUAACUGUGAAGUGAAAAAACUUUUUGAACGCUCUCAUGACGGCCAAAUCACCGAGAUAAUUUAUAAAGGAACACAUGAUCAUCCUAAACCUCAACCGAGCAACCGAUACUCUGCUGGUUCUAUAAUGUCUACGCAAGGAGAGAGAUCCGAUAACAGGGCAUCUUCUUUGGCUGGCCGAGAUGACAAAGUAUCCAAUAGUCCUGAGCAACCAACUGUUGCAACCAAUGAUCUUAGUCUAGAGGGUGCUGGAUUUGUGUCGACCAAGACAAAUGACGAGGUUGAUGAUGAUGAUCUUUUCUCAAAGCGAAGAAAAACGGAACUCGGAAACACUGACAUCAUUCCUGUAGUUAAGCCUAUCCGAGAGCCCCGGGUUGUUGUACAGACUAUGAGUGAAGUUGAUAUAUUGGAUGAUGGAUACCGCUGGCGUAAAUAUGGGCAAAAAGUGGUGAGAGGAAAUCCUAACCCAAGGAGUUAUUACAAAUGCACAAAUGCCGGGUGCCCGGUUAGGAAACACGUGGAGAGGGCAUCACAUGAUCCGAAAGCUGUAAUAACAACAUAUGAGGGCAAACACAAUCACGAUGUACCUGCUGCAAAGAAUAGUAGCCAUGACAUGGCAGGAUAUGCAGCUUCAAAGAUAAAGUUAGAAGAAAGCGAUACUAUUAGUCUUGACCUUGGGAUGGGAAUCACUUCUGCAGCUGAAAAUAGAUCGAACGGGCAAGGGAAAAUGCUACUCUCCGAAUUCGGGAACAACAGUCAAACUCACACAAGCAAUUCCAAUUUCAAGUUUGUCCAUACCACCACAGGUCCAGUAUACUAUGGUGUUCUAACUAACGGUUCAAAUCCGUUUGGUUCAAGAGAAAAUAGAAACGAUGGUUUGUCUAUAAACCAUUCCUCGUAUCCUUACUCACAGAACAUGGGAAGAAUACUAAUGGGACCAUGAAAUUUAUUAUUACAGUACUAAAGUAAAAAUAAAAAUUAUGAGUAGCAUUUUGUUGUGUUUUGGCGGGUAUAUAGCUUCGAAGGUAAAAAAAAUAUCCUUUUCUGUAAGGAAAUGCAGAUAGUCUUUGUAUGUUUAUAUAUAUCACUAUUUGAGAGCUACUGUAUAUAGUAGUAGUAUUGAUAGUGGCUCUAGAUUUACUUUCAAAUGUAAUAGUUUUUGAUUGUAUAAUUAUGAUGAUUAUCAUUGUUAUUAUAAUUAUAUCCAAAUUUUCUGUAAGAAUAUGAAGCUGAUAUCAUAGCUGCUUCUACAGAAACCCUGUAAAAGUGCUUAUUUAACCUUUUACUGAAGUCUUGUAUAGUUGUAUUGUCUGUUCA